AUGGAACAGUUUGAUCUUGUCGUUGUCGGAGCUGGCUACUAUGGCCUCGGCGCUGCAAAGCAGUACCACGUCACACAUCCAGACGACUCUUUAGCCAUAUUUGACGUCAACGCCUCGGUAGGUGGUGUCUGGUCAAAUGAGCGGAUCUAUCCUUGCUUGAGAUCGAACAAUCUACUGGGAACUUAUGAAUACCCCGACUUUCCCAUGACUACAAAGCGCUUUGGUGUUAAGACAGGGGAAUAUAUUCCCGGCGAGGUCAUGCAUGAGUAUCUGGAAGCCUAUGCACGAGAAUUUGGCAUCGAUCAGCAUCUGAGGCUCAGCACAAAGGUUAUUUCAGCUGAGCAUAAACCCGAUGGUGGCUGGCUACUUGAAAUUCAUAGCACGGAGGACGAGCAAAAGACGCUUACUCAAGUCUUCACCAAGAGAUUAAUAAUUGCGACGGGCAUGCUAUCAGAGCCAUUCAUGCCCCAUAUCCAAGGCCAGGAGCAAUACGAUAAGCCACUCUUCCACAGCAAAGACUUUCAGAAAUACAGAGACACCAUCAGCAGUGCCAAGUGCGUCACUGUCUUUGGAGGAACAAAGUCUGGCUGGGACGCCGUUUAUGCGUAUGCGGCUCAUGGUGUUGAGGUUGAUUGGAUUAUACGGCGCCACGGCCCGGUUUGGAUGUCACCUUCUUACGUGACGCCUUUUAAAGUUUGGAUCGAGAAGCUAGUCAAUAUCCGUUGGCUUCACUGGUUCGCCCCAUGCAUCUGGGGCCAGGAUAGCGGCUACCACGGCAUUAAAUCAUUCUGGCACAGCACCACCAUCGGCAGAGCCGUCACUAAGGCUUUCUGGAACAUUCUAGCUCAGGAUGUGAUUACCAUCAUGAAGUUUGAUUCGCAUCCUGAGCUGAAAAAGCUCAAGCCAACUUCGUCAGCGAUGCAUACAGGCACGGCCUUUGGUAUCUUGAAUUACGAGACUGAUUUUUACGAGCCGAUACGCAAUGGUACUGUGCGGAUCCAUGAGAAGGAUCUCUCGCAUCUUAGCAAGGGCCGAGUCCACCUUGACGACGAAAAGGGGACGAUUCUUAAGUCUGAUGCUUUCAUCGCCGUGACUGGUUGGAAGUCAUUCUCUCCUCUCAAGUUUCUGCCUGAGGGUAUCGACCGAAGGAUUGGCCUUCCGUAUGUCCUCAAUGAUAGUGACAAAGAUUGUUCCCCUGAUGAAGGACUUGCCGGUCAGACUGCACUUAUUGAGCGGGCCGAUCAAGUGAUUCAAGAGCGGUUCCCAAGUCUCAAGACACCGAUGAAGUUCAACCCCAAUUACAAGCGUCUCACUGAAACCAAAGCCUUCAAGAUGAAUGCUUCUGAUCUCUCCCCACGCACCCCUCUGAUGCUCUACCAUUUCAUGGUCCCCGGUACUGCCGAGUUUCUUCGCACCAAAGAUCUUGCAUUUACUGGAUACUCGACAAACUUUAGUAACGGUACAUGCGCGCACAUUCAAGGUCUAUGGAUCAGCGCCUUUUUCGACGGCAAAUUGGCCCGAGACCCUGGCUCAGCUGUCGCUUCAGAGGUUGAUGGUGAUGAGAUGGUUAAUGGGAAGAGCAUGAAAUUGGAAGAGGUUCACUGGCAAACAAUCCUGCACAACCGGUUUGGCAAGUGGCGGUAUCCAAAGGAUACAGGGUCCAGGUCGCCCGACUUCAUCUUUGAGGCAGUUCCGUUUAUGGACAUGAUGAUGGCGGACUUGGGACUGGUGGUGCAUCGAAAGAAGGGAUGGUUCAAGGAGAUGACAGAACCUUAUGGCCCUGAAGAUUAUGCAACGAUUAACGAAGAGUUUGGUGCUAGAUUUGUUUAG